AUGAAUUCUCAGCGAGGAGUUCUCUUUGCCUGUCUUCUUGUCGUUGUGGCCAAUCGUGAAGCUACUGCUCAACCGGCAGGAAGUGUGGUUGCAUUCCGAACAGGAGGAUCUGCCGUUGGUGCAAGCCAAUCUACUGGUCAAAAUGGAGGACCGGAUGUAAGAAUUCUUAGUGGUGACAGAGGAGGUUCCGUAGGUGAACGUUUGAAAACUACGGAAUCCCCAAAAAUCGCCACAACAGCGGAGCCAGCAGCACCCAAGUCAGCCGCCGGUCCAAUUGUUCUUCUCACCAUUUUGGCAGUCAUUGUUGCUAAUUUGACUGGUUUUUGA